CAAACAGCGAGCCAUCGAUAAACCUCGGGCUUUCUCUAUUUCCCCAAAUCAUCCGCUAUGUCGUCCUCCAAGCGGAAUCCGGAAAAGCAAGCAAAGAACGAAUACAUCCCCCACUUUAUCGCCAAAAAGCCCUUUUACCUAGACCACGACACUGAAGGAGACUAUCUCGAGCAUCAGCGUCUUCAGAAUAAGAAAGAUCUCGACCUCGCCAACCAAAAAUGGUACGACAGGGGCAAACGUGCCGGCCCGGCCGCCACUAAAUUCCGCAAGGGAGCCUGCGAGAACUGCGGAGCAAUGACGCACAAAGCGAAAGACUGCCUCUCACGGCCACGGAAGAAGGGUGCUAGGUGGACUGGACAAGACAUACAAGCCGAUGAGAUAAUCCAAGAAGUGGAACUAGGCUGGGAUGGGAAGCGGGACCGUUGGAACGGCUACGAUUCGCACGAGCACAAAAAGGUGGUGGAAGAGCACAUGCGCAUGGAGGAACUCCGCCGUGAGAGCGAGCGGAAGAGCGCCGAAGAUGUGGAAAUGGAAGGCGGGGGAGACGAGGACAAGUACGCCGAGGAAUCCGAAAUGCCCGGGCAAACGUAUGACGCUGCAAGCCGCAUAUCCACCCGGAACCUGCGGAUCAGGGAGGACACGGCAAAGUAUCUACUCAAUCUAGACCUUGACUCGGCCAAGUACGACCCGAAAACGAGAACCAUGGUCGACCGCGGCGCAACCCAAGACCAAGCUGCCGCCCUGGUCGAAGAAGACAACUUCAUGCGCUCUUCUGGAGACGCCGCAGAAUUCGAGCGCCUCCAGCGCGCAGCAUGGGAAUCUCGGGAACGCGGUAACAAGACGAAGAUGCACCUGCAAGCAAACCCCACCGAAGCAGAACACAUCAAGAAGAAAGAGCAACAAGCCGCGGAGGAAAAACGUGCGAGGGAAAGGAAAGCGCUUCUGGAACGCUAUGGUGGCGAGCAGCACUUGGUGGAUAAACCACCCGUGCUUGAAGAGGAGGAGAGGUAUAUCGAAUACACCGCCUCCGGCCAAGUCAAAGGCCGGGAGAAGACCACCGCGAAGUCAAAGUACACGGAGGACAAGCUCAUCAAUAAUCAUACCACCGUUUGGGGAUCUUGGUGGCAGAGUUUCAAGUGGGGUUUUGCAUGCUGUCAUUCUACCGUCAAGAAUAGUUACUGCACGGGUGAAGAGGGGAUUAGAGCAGCUGAAGAGGCGAACAAGUUGCGCUUGGGAUUGAUUGAGCCGGUUGCGCCGAGGUGGGUCGAGCAGAAGCAAGAGGAGCAAGAGGAAGUAGCGGAGGAGGACUCUGUGAAGGAUAAGUCUAAAGGAAAGGACGGAGAAGAUCACGUUGACAGGGGGAAGAGAAAGCUCAAGGAAAUGAGAGACGGUGUCACGGAGGAGGAUAUGGAGCAGUAUCGGAAACAGCAGAAACUAUAUAGCGAUCCUAUGGCAAACUUUGUAGACACGGUAUAAGUACUCACUUUCCUUCCUUCUUUCUGGCUCAAGUAUUUUCAUUCACUUUUUUUUUGUGCGUAUGGUGUGUUUCAUUCAAUCGGUGUACGGUAUUUCCACUUUGUCUAUUAAUUCACGAUUAAGCCCGCUAGGUUAGAAACAAGAGAAACAAGUAAAAA